GCGUGCGAAACGAGUGAGAAUCUGCGCAUGCGCCUAUAAAGUAUACGUCAGCUCUGCGCCCUCUUAAAUCCUCCCAGCUACGUGGCUUCACGCCUACUACUCGCUCUUCAUCAACCAACCCUUGACAAGCUAAUAAAGCCUCAGCGACAUGGAUCAGGUCAUGCAGUUCGUCGAGCCGAGCAGGCAGUUCGUCAAAGACUCCAUAAGGCUUGUCAAGAGAUGCACGAAACCCGACAGGAAAGAAUUCCAGAAAAUCGCAAUGGCUACGGCUAUUGGAUUCGCCAUCAUGGGAUUCAUCGGCUUCUUCGUGAAACUGAUCCACAUCCCCAUCAACAACAUCAUUGUUGGUGGUUAAAUUCCAACCAGGCAAGGAGAUGAGCGUCCAGAAGACAGCGGGGUGACAUUUUUAUUACGUUCUGUAGUCGACAUUUCUAUUAUACUGUGUAAAUAAUAAAACAACACAAUGGGAACCCA